UCCGCCACUCUCGCGGCUCCGCUCCACCUUCUCCAAUGGCGAUCCCCACCAGCACCAGCACCAGCACUACCUCCUCCUCCUCCUCCUCAUUCGACCCGCUCCUCGAGACCGUAAUCAUAGGAGGCGCGAAUGUAUCCCAGAGGAACCACCGAAGGUUGGCCUCUCGCGGCAUCGGCACCCUCGGCUCCCGUCCGCUCACCCCCUUCACUCCUCGUCUCCAUGGAAGGAUCGUCCAAGCCCUAGAUCCGUGCCUUCCGAGAUGGCUCGAUAUUUCCCACGAGUGCUGCCUCUCUUGCUGUUUCUGCGGCUCUCCGAUCUUGUCCGCGGCAACACCGACCAGGCCGAUGUCUCUGCCUUAAAUGUUAUGUAUAGCAGCUUAAAUUCCCCCCCUCAGCUGACUGGUUGGAGUUCCAGCGGUGGUGACCCCUGUGGCAACAAUUGGAAAGGCAUCAAGUGCUCUGGCUCAUCCGUAACAAAAAUCACACUCUCAGGUCUUCAAUUGACUGGUACAAUGGGUUACCAACUCUCUAGCUUGAUUUCAGUAACUUAUUUUGACUUGAGCAAGAACAAUCUUAAUGGUGAUAUACCUUACCAACUUCCUCCUAACACCACUCAUUUAAAUCUUGCUGGAAAUGCACUUACUGGAGGGAUUCCUUAUUCAGUUUCUCAAAUGAAUCAUCUUAAGUAUUUGAAUCUUGCCAGUAAUCAGCUCAGUGGACAGUUGACUGAUAUGUUUGGAGAGCUUUCUAGUCUCUCACUGCUGGAUCUCUCAUUCAACCGCUUCUCAGGUAACCUGCCUAAUAGUUUUGGAUCUCUCUCGAGUCUCAAAACUUUGAAUUUGCAGAACAAUCAGUUAAGUGGUUCAGUUGAUGUUCUUGCCACUCUAUCUUUAGAAAACCUGAAUGUUCAGAACAAUCAGUUCACCGGAUGGAUUCCCAACAAAUUGAAAAGUAUAAAUAAUCUUAAGGUUGGAGGAAAUUCUUGGUCAACUGGAAAACCACCUCCAGGUAUGGUUACAGCUAGAGAUAAUAAUAAUGGCAAAAGCCACAAAAGCUCAAUUAAAGAUGCCAAAGAUAACAAAGUUAAAAAAGGAAAACAACAUUCAGACCUGAAAGGUGCAGUCAUUGCUGUGAUACUGAUAGCUGUGUUAGUUGUGGCCCUUAUUUUAUUGGCUUUGGUUAAGCGAAGAUCUUCAGGUUCAUCUCAUUAUACUGACGAACGACUCAGCCAUAACAGAUCAUUUAGUCCUCUAGCAGACAAUAAGUUUACAGCAGGGCUUAAGGAUUCUUCUUCUUCAAUUGACAUAAAGGCUAUAGAAACAUCUUCCAUGGAGCUUAAACCACCAGCAGCUGAAACCCAAAAAACAUACAAUGAUAAUGAGUUUGCAAAUAAACUUAAUUCCAGAGGGAGCACAGAUCCCGUUAGUCUCACUAUUUAUGCAUUAGCUGACUUGCAAGCUGCUACCGGAAGCUUUAGCUCUAGCCACCUUCUUGGGCAAGGUAACAUCGGAUGUGUAUACAAGGCAAAAUUUAAUGAUGGGAAGGUUUUGGCUGUUAAGAAGAUAGAGACAUCAAAUUUAUCAGGAAGCUGUUCUUAUGAUUUUAUGGAGAUAGUCUCUGGCAUCUCCAGGUUGCAUCAUUCAAACAUCGCUGAACUUUUGGGUUAUUGCUCAUCAUCUGGCUACCAACUCCUAGUAUAUGAACUACAACAGAAUGGUUCUCUCCAUGGAUUUUUACAUUUAUCGGAUGAUUAUAGCAGACCAUUGACCUGGGACACUAGAGUGAGGAUUGCUCUUGGGACAGCCCGUGCUAUAGAGUACUUGCACGAGGUCUGUGCCCCAUCUGUGGUUCACAAAAACAUAAAGUCUUCAAACAUUUUGCUUGAUACUGAGCUAAACCCAUGCUUGGCCGACUGUGGUCUAGUCAUCUUCUUUGAGGACACAAGUGAGAACUUGGGCCCCGGAUACAAUGCUCCCGAAUGCACAAAACCUUCUGCCUAUUCAAUGAAGAGUGAUGUCUACAGCUUUGGAGUUGUCAUGCUGGAGCUAUUGACAGGUCGUAAGCCCUAUGACAGUUCGAAGCCAAAAAUUGAACAGUCAUUGGUUCGCUGGGCAGCAUCACAGCUUCAUGACAUUGAUGCGUUGGCACAGAUGGUGGACCCGGCCCUCCGUGGCCUCUAUCCGCCAAAGUCAUUGUCUCGAUUUGCUGAUGUCAUCUCUCUCUGUAUUCAGCCGGAGCCUGAGUUCCGGCCUGCAAUGUCAGAAGUGGUGCAAUCACUGGUUCGUUGUGUUCAGCGCACUAGUAUCAGGAAGAGGAUGGGCCGAGAUCGGAGCACCUCUCGCAGGAGCAAUGAUUCUAAUCAUGGAUACUACUGAGAAAAGGUUUUAAAUGAAUUUAUCAGCAGGUCCGAGGGCAUUGCAAUCAACUCCAUCCAAUUGGUAAGUUGCGCUGUUGAUUGAUGUACCACAUCCUCUGAGGCAAAAAGUCGAAUUACAUUCUAUCGAUCAAGGAGAAUAGCAAAGUUCCCAUUCCAGUUUCAUUGGACUUCUGGUAUAAGUAGCUGCUAGCAUUGCCUUGAUCUCUUUUUUUUUUUCCAAUUAUUUAGGAAAUUUUGUUUAUUAAUGAGAAGAACAGCUCCUGAGUGAUUGGAGCUGAGAACGGCGGUGAGCCCCUUCUGUGUAAGCUUUAAUUCUAUAAUUAUUAUUAUUUGUUGUUGUGCAAAGUCUUGAUCCAAGUUUGACAAAUGUUGAUGAAAACAACAUUUACCAAACUUGUGUCAUAAUGACUCCUGUAAUUGUUGUUAAUAUGAGUCAUCAGUUGUACAUGAUGGACUAUUCAAAAUCUAGAUUAGACUUA